AUGAAGUCUACUUUCAUUGCCGCCGCCGCGCUUCUAGCCGGUGCUGCUUCCGCCGCUAAGGAUGAGGGCACUUUCGCCGUCUUGCGCUUCACCAACAAGCAGCUCACCAGAGGUCGCAUGGACCCCAUUCUUUUCCCCGGAGAAACCUCUACUCACGUUCACAACAUCAUGGGUGGAAGUGGUUUCAGCACCAGCGCCACUGGAAAGGACCUCAUGGAGUCAAAGUGCAGCAACGCCAUGAUCAAGGGUGACAACAGUGCCUACUGGUUCCCCAGUCUCUACUUCCAAGAUCCCAAGUCUGGCAAGUUUGAGGAUGUCGAAUUCGAUUACUUCAACGCCUACUACUUCUUCGAGAAGACUCACGAUGAGAUCAAGCCUUUCCCUGCUGGUCUCCAGAUCGUUGCUGGUGAUGCCAUGACCCGCACCAUGCCCAAGGCUGGCGCCAAACCCAACCUUGACCCUUCCAAGGGUCCUGUCAACGCCGCGAGAAUGACCUGCCCUCGCGCCAACAACGACUACACUGUCCCCUCUUGGGAUGCCAAGUCAGACGGUACCACAGCUGGUGUCGGUGACCCCAUCACCAAGAACGAGGGCGUCGGAUUCCCUGACCGAACCUGUGACGGCACCUUCUCUCCUCUCCGAGCUGAUGUUCACUUCCCCUCUUGCUACAACCCUGAGGCUGGCCUUACCGACUUCAAGAACAACAUGGCCUACCCUGAGGACAACGACGGCUACCUCGACUGCCCCAAGGGCUGGAUCCACGUCCCUCAUCUCUUCUACGAGGCCUACUGGAACACUAACAAAUUCCAGGGCCGCUGGACUGAGGGAGAGGGCAAGCAGCCCUUUGUCUUCUCCAACGGUGAUGUUACUGGUUACAGCAGCCACGCUGACUUCAUGGCUGGCUGGGAUGAGAAGCUCCUGAAGCACAUCAUCGACACCUGCAACGCUGGUACCCUGGGUAUGGACAACUGCCCCGGUCUUUUCUACGGCCUCAACAAGGGCGACUGCACAAUCAAAUCUGAGAUUGAUGAGAAGACCACCGGUAAAUUGGAUAAGCUCCCCGGAAACAACCCUCUCAGCGGUUUCUCCUACGGUGAUGCUCCUUCCAUGCCCAACAAGGGCGACGACGACGAGAAGCCCAGCAAGCCUUCCGCUGAGCCCUCUGUCAAGCCUUCCGCUACCAACUCGGCUCCUGAGGAUAAGUCUUCCGCCGUUGAGGCGCCCCAGUACACCAAGCCUGCCGACAAGACCGAGGAGCCCACCGUCGCCAUCCCCAAGCCUACUGUGCCCAUUGUCUCCGGAGUUGUGUCUGAUGCCGCCGCCGAGGCUACCAGCGCUCUCACCAACGCCCCCAAGCCAACUGAAAUCUUUGGCAAGCCUGACCAGCCCAAGAAGUGCAAGUCUACUCGUGUCCACACUGUCUGGAACACUGUCACUGUCACUCAGACAGCCAGCGUUCCUGCUCAGACUGAGGAUGCUGCUGCUGCUCCCGCUUACAAGAGGGAUCACGUCCGACGACAUGCCCACCAGCAUGGCAGCGGAUAUAGCCACGUCCGCCGUCGCAGCCACCGUCACUAA